GAGAGAGAGAGAGAGAGAUUUCUACCCUGGUUCCCGAGGUUUUCCGGAAUUAUCUUCCUUGCCUUAGAAAUAUUUCUCGUACGUUUUACGUCAUAUAAGUUAUCAAUGACGUCACAGUCGAAGCAAUGACAGUCAGACAGAAUGGGGAGUUUUUAUCUGCCAUACCUAUAUUCGUCAUGGUUGGGUAAACUGAGACAUUUUUGUUACUCUCCCUGUCGACUACUCUUGAUUCUCAAUGUUGUCCAUGCCAAUUAUGUAAAUGUUGCUUUACACAAACCUACAUCGCAAUGGACAACAUUUCCUUUAUUUGAUACUGGUUCUCACAAAGCUGUGGAUGGAUUGAAAUCAGAUUUAAGUAGUGGAGGAAGCCAAUGUGCAAUCUCAGGCAACGGCCAAACAUAUGCUGAAUGGCUUGUUGAUCUGGUGGACUUAACCGACAUUCAUCAUAUAAUUAUAACAUACAGGACAGAUAAUGUUCCAUGGGAUAUAAACAAUGGCUACCUGAAACGUGUCCUCGGCUUUUCGCUGUAUGUAUCAAACACAACCUCUAGAUAUGAUGGUACUAUGUGUUUUAAGGACACAAAUUACACCAUAUACACAGUACCACAAGUGUUUGUCAUAGAUUGCCCUGUCUAUGGACGAUACGUCAUUUAUUAUAAUGAAAGACUUCCAGGCGUUACCUACCCAGCUGACUAUUCAUCUGCAGCAUUCAACGACCUCUGUGAAGUGGAAGUGUAUGCUUGCCCACCACUACAAUUUUAUGGAGAAAAUUGUUCUUUGCCAUGCCCACAGGGAUGCCAAAAGGGUCUCUGCGAUUCUAAUGGAAAUUGUUUUAGCUGUAUUGAAGGGUACAAAGGCUUAAAAUGUGAUCAACCGUGUGAUGGGAAAAUGUUUGGCCAGAAUUGCUCCAGAGCCUGUGGGCCAUGUUUAGGAUACACACAAUGUAAUCACAUUAACGGGACAUGUGUCAAUGGAUGUGAAAGAGGCUUUGGAGGCAGUAAUUGUUCAGCUUGUCCUGAAGGAUUUUAUGGUGACAACUGCCAGGAGACCUGUAAUCAUGAUUGUGGUGUUCCUCGACGAUGUGACAGAGUGACAGGAGAAUGUGAGGGUGGUUGUCAGCCAGGGUGGAAGGGCCUGAAAUGUGAUGAACAUUGCGAGGAUAGAACUUAUGGAAUAAACUGUUCAGAGACUUGUGGAUUUUGUCGUGAAAGUCAACAUUGUCAUUCUGAUGAUGACCAUGAAGAAGAGGACUGUACAGAAGUUGCGUCAGAAUGUGAUCAUGUUAAUGGUACAUGUAUGGAAGGAUGUGGUAGAGGCUAUAGAGGGGGAAAUUGUACUGAACCGUGUCCUGUAGGAUUUUAUGGUUACAACUGCCACGCGACCUGUAAUCAUGAUUGUGGUGUUCCUGGACGAUGUGACAGAGUGACAGGAGAAUGUGAGGGUGGUUGUCAGCCAGGGUGGAAGGACCUAAAAUGUGACCAACAUUGCGAGGAUAGAACUUAUGGAAUAAACUGUUCAAAGACUUGUGGAUUUUGUCAUGAAAGUGUACACUGUCAUUUUGAUGAUGACCAUGAUGAAGAGGAAUGUACAGAAGUUGCGUCAGAAUGUGAUCAUGUUAAUGGUACAUGUAUGGAAGGAUGUGGUAGAGGCUAUAGAGGGGAAAAUUGUACUGAACCAUGCCCUGCAGGAUUGUAUGGUUACAACUGCCAGGAGACCUGUAAUCAUGAUUGUGGUGUUCCUGGACGAUGUGACAGCGUGACAGGAGAAUGUGAGGGUGGUUGUCAGCCAGGGUGGAUUGAUCCAAAAUGUGACGAACAUUGCCCCGAGAGAACUUACGGAAUAAACUGUUCAAAGACUUGUGGAUUUUGUCGUGAAAGCCGUCAUGAUGACUGUCAUUCUAGCAACAGCACUUCUGUUAACGGGACAUAUAUUAACAGCACAUGUUUGGAUGAAUGCGACAAGGAAGGACAUAAUUGUACAAAAGAGUCGUCAGAAUGUGAUCAUGUUACUGGUGAAUGUGUGAACGGAUGUGCUGUAGGUUAUCAAGGCGAAAAUUGUACUGAAAAGUGUAAGGAAGGAUUCCAUGGUCUUAACUGCAGUGAAAUAUGCAACAGAGUUUGUCGUCAUACAUGUCAUCACAUAACGGGAUUGUGUCCAGAGGUACCAGAGAGCUCUUUGAAUGUAGGAGUCAUUGCUGGAACAACAGUGUCGGUGUUCGUUGUCCUUGCUGUCAUUGGUGUUGCGUUAUACUUUAGAAGAUUGGGCACAACAAACCACUCGAUUAACAGAGAUAAUUUCGAAUAGAAACAGAAAACGAUACAGUUUACAGUGAAGCCAUACACCAUACCUUUUACACAAACAUUUGGAACCGAAGAAAAAUCAACGAUCACAAAGAACAAGCCAUCAAAGGAAGUAGUGCAUUUGACUGAAGCAGUUAUUACACUCCGAACUGUGCUGAACAUUUUCGAUAAAAAUUUCAAAAGAGAAAAAUGAAGAGGAAUGGUUUAAAAAUUGACAUUUUAACAUUAAGAUGGACACUUCCCCCUACUUUGUAGUUUGGUUACGGGUAUCAGUUACAUGUACAAUCCAUGAAGCAGUAAAUGCUUAAACAUAAUGUUUAAUCAUUUUAUUUCUCAAUACUGUGAUGUUGGUUACUAUUUAUAGAAUUUAUGUAUUUUGUAUUGUUUAUCCCCUUUCGUGCAUUCAUUAUUUCAUCCUACUUUUUCCCAUUAUACUUGCAGAUGAGGAGCUCAUGAGAUUUAGUUCAGAUUCUAUAUAGCAUUAACCUGCAGAUGUUUAUCUGAAUAUGAAUGUAAAGUUGUAAAGUAAUGAUUUAAGACUCAACUGUGGUUCUAAUUGACAUGGUAAUUAGUUUUCAGUUAAGACCCUUCUUGUAUAGAAUAUCUGCUGGCAAGGACAUUUGUCUCCUUUCAACAUAUUUAGUUCAUAUAUUUUGAAUAUAUUUCAAUGAAAAUCUGUAUAUUACUCUCUAUAGAUAUUCUAUGGAAUUUCAAUGUUAAAACUAAGAUUGAAUUGAUUUGAAAUGAAAUAAAGAAUUUGC